AUGGACAAGGUCAACGUUUCGGGGUUGAAGGGGCUGCGGAAUGGGAUGAUAACAUUUGUCAAGGAGCACGUCGCUCUCAAACGGUCGGGCCAUGUCGCAGUUGCUGCCGACGCCUGUGACGACGAUGGCGAGGAGGCCCUUUCGGCAUCCCAAGCAGUAGGUGUCGCCCACACCGUCGAUGAUGCGCGUGGGACUUCGAUCGGAGAGCCUGGAGGUGGCGUCGACAAGGCAUAUGAGGAGGCAGGAAGGGCGGUGACUGGGGCCGCGGAGAAGCACCAGGACAAGGACGUCCAUCAGGAUGAUAACGAGGAUCAGGAAGAGGAGGACCAUGAGGAUCGUGAGGAGGAGGAGGAGGAGGGGGGCUCGGAGGAGGAGGAGGAGGUGGUGGUGGAGGAAGCGGAGAAGCAGCAAGAGGGGGAGCAGGAGGAAGAGGUCGAGUGGGAGUUGGAGGAAAUGGAGGCGGAGUACGUAGAGGGAGCGGCGGAAAUGGGUGGGAGGUCGGCGGAUGUUGUGAACGAGGAAGAGGAGGAUGCCGACGACGAGAAAGUCGGCGUGGAGGCGGCUCACGGGGGGAGUGAGAAGGUCGUGGUCGGCGAUGUGGUUGGCGACGCGAAGGAAUUUGUCGACCUCGAGGCCGUUGGAGAAGGGGAUAACGUCGCGGCCACAAAGAAGACGGGCGUGGAAGGGCCAACCGAGGCCACCGCAGGGAAGGCCGGGGGGGGGGGGGGGUCUAGGAAGAAGAAGGCGGCGCGCGGUCAUCCCGAUUCCUCCGCAUCUGGUCGGCAGGCACCGCUGGACGACGUCGAGCAGCUGCGACAAGAGAACAGGCGGUUGACGGCAGAAAAUGCCCGUCUGGAGAAGGCGCACGAAGAGGAAAGGGGUCGGGUGGACAGGUUUGCGUUGGGGAUACGUGGACUCCUCGACAAGCUCCAGUCGUUGGCCGACCAGGUCGCCGUCUCCGACCAUAAUGCGGCGGCUGCUAGAUGCGACGUCGGCCUGGUGGUGGACGAUGCGAAGCUGGGUUUGGAGGACUACAUCUCGAAGCACCUAGCCGCCGCGCAGACCAACAUUGCCGCCGCGGUAACUCGCAACAUCGCCGUGCCGCCACCGCCCCCGCCACAGCCCACGCCAGCCUUCCCGGAUAAGCUCAUGAAGUCGUUCAAGGCGGACGUGUUGAAGGCGGUGACGGAGGCCACCCAUCAGUCGUUUGUUGCGUCCGGGUUAAAUCUCAUGACCGAGGUGAUCGGCAAUGUGGCGCCUGGUUGGCGUGGGUCGUCACCGUCGGCCAAUGACGCCGAUCCCACGCAACGAAGGGAGGCCGACAAGCAGGGCCAGAAAAGGGCGGGCGGCGGAGAUGAUGCGGGGAGCGUGAAGCGGAGCAAGGGAGCCGAUGGGAGCUGCGGCGUCGGCGCAGUGGGUCCAGGCGGCUCGCGGACUCGAGAUCCGAGCGUGGUCGACCAGCUCAAGAAGAACGGGGCCAAUGUGAUAAGGUCGCACAGCAAGGGCGAUGGAAUCAGGAGUGCAGAUGGGGGCCAUGCCGACGAGGUUGCCGCUCAAGACGCUGGACCAACAGCCUCGCCCCUGGUCGCCGAGAAGCCCCAUGGUCUGGCGAGCGGCAGGAAAGGCUUGAGCGACAAGGAGAUCCCAACCGCUCAAACGGCGAUAGAUGGCGGCGCCAGAACCGUCAAGGGACCGUCGGUCGGGGUGGCGGGGACCACGUUGAUUCCCCGUAAACCCCCUGCGGCUAGCAGCGCGCCGGUCGGCCUGUUAGCCGCCAACAACGAUGGGCCGGCCCUUGCGGCUACUCCAGCUCCAGCAGGCCCGUCUACCGCCAAGGGCGACGCGAAGGAUGCUGCAGCUAACCGCGAUGGUCCGUCCGCCACUAAGGUGCCCGCAGCGGCGAACGCGCUCAGGGAAAUGCUCCACCGCAUGGAGGCCCAUCGCAACAACGUGCAGCAGCCUCCCUUGGUCGAUGCCGCCCCCGCCGAAACAGCACGUCGCUCGGUCACUCCGCAGGUCGCCGCCACAACGUCCAGUGCCCCACCUACCGCACCUCUGGUCGCUGCCCGUCCUCCUGCGGACCCAAAGUCCGCAUUGCUUCGUGCCCGGUUAGGCGCACGUAGUGCGGCAGCGCCAACACGGACUCAGCCGGAAGUCGGCUCAAGCGCGACGCCGACGUCGGCAAACGUAGCUGCACCCACACCCAGUGCAGUUGUUGUCGAUGUGGCGGCGGAGAAGGGCGUGAGGGCAGCGCUAGCCACCGGCAGUGGAGCCGUUGACCCUGCACAGGCGUCGAAAGUUCACAACGAUGCCGACAUCGCUGCCAUCCAGUGGUUCGAUGAUAUUCUCUGCAAGUAUCGAGCGUACAAGAGCUCAGGCGAUGCGCACCACGACGCGCUCUUGCCGGCGAUCUUGUUCCCCGUCGAUGUCGUCACAAAGGAAGGCAAGGAGAAGUCGGAUGCUAUGAUGUCGGCCCUGAUAGGUCGCGUGUCCAUGUGCGCUGCGUAUGGGAAGGUCGCUGCGAGCGCGGCGAGGAAGGAGGGGGACACUAAUGAGAAGACGAUGAUGGCAGCACAUGCGUUAUCGGCCUCCGCUUGUGCCGUGUGGUGCUUAGUCGAGAACGACGAUGCCCAGGUGGUCGAUGCUGUGGGCGAAGGGAAGGCGGCGGCGAUGGUGGUCGGUGUGAGCGAGAAGACCGCCGGUGUCUUCAAGGAGGUCAUGCAGGCGGUGCUGGAGGUCGAGAUCGAGAGGGAGCAACCCCUCGGGGAGGUUGCGCACAACAUCGCGCCGGCGCUGCAGAGUCUCGCUCUGCACCGGGUCUAUCCGAGGGUGGAUCAUGAAGUCGAAGCCGGCGUGAUCGCUAGAGCGACGGUGGAGACCUUGGCGUUCUGGGGAAUGUGCCCCGUCGCCGGGCUGAAACUCGAAGAGAUCGUCAUCGCGGUGCCGUGUGACGCGCAGAUGGAGUACGAUAUUGAACACAGGGGGAGGAAGGGGCAGAGGGGCAAGCAGGGCAAGGACAGCACGGGGAAGAAGGGCAAGAAGGGCAAGGAUAGCACGGCGGCGUAG